AUGAGGGUGAUAGAAGUCAUCAUCGACGGCUUCAAGUCGUAUGCCGUUCGGACGGUGAUAUCAGGAUGGGACGAGAGCUUCAACUCCAUCACUGGCCUGAACGGCAGCGGCAAGUCUAAUAUCCUAGACUCGAUCUGCUUCGUCCUCGGCAUCACGAACAUGUCCACGGUUCGAGCGCAAAAUCUUCAAGACCUGAUAUACAAGCGCGGCCAGGCAGGAGUUACCAAGGCCAGUGUGACGAUUGUGUUCGACAACCGGGACACCAAGAAGUCGCCGAUAGGGUUUGAGGAGUAUGCAACCAUCAGCGUCACUCGCCAGAUCGUUCUGGGCGGCACCUCCAAAUACCUCAUCAACGGUCAUCGAGCACAGCAACAGACGGUCCAGAACCUUUUCCAGUCGGUGCAGCUAAACAUCAACAAUCCCAAUUUCCUCAUCAUGCAGGGGAGGAUCACCAAGGUCUUGAACAUGAAGCCGGUAGAGAUUCUGGCCAUGAUCGAGGAAGCAGCGGGAACAAGAAUGUUUGAGGACCGAAGGGACAAGGCGCUGAAGACGAUGGCGAAGAAGGAACUGAAGCUUCAGGAGCUGAGGGAGCUUCUGAAAGACGAAAUUGAGCCCAAGCUGGAAAAGCUCCGAACCGAAAAGCGAGCGUUCCUCGACUUCCAGCAAACUCAAAACGAUCUUGAGCGAUUAACCAGGCUUGUGGUUGCUUACGACUACACCAGAUGUCAAGAGAAGUUGAAGCAGUCGGCAGCAGACCUGGAGGCGAAAAAACAGCGACUGAAGAGUCUGGAAGACUCGGCGGCACGCUUCAGGAGUGAAAUAUCGCACCUCGAAGAAGACGUUGGAAAAGUACGAGCCCAGCGUGACAAGGAGCUCAAGAAGGGUGGAAAGGCACAAGCCCUCGAGGAUGCUGUCAAGAAGCAUGCCAACGAGCUCGUGCGACUCGCCACCGUUCUGGACCUAAAGAACACAAGUCUAGCAGAGGAGAGUGAGAAGAAGGCGGCUAUGGAGAAGACAGUAUCGGAGCUGGAAGCCACUCUCCAAGUCAAAUCGGCGGCUUUUGCGGAUGCAAAGUCCACCUACGACAAGGCAAAGGACGACCUUGCGAAGCAGAGCAAAGACGUUGAGUCAAAGGAAGAGCUGCUGCAAACCCUGCAAACCGGCGUCGCCUCCAAGGACGGCCCGGAGAAUGGCUACCAGGGACAGCUGCAAGAUGCACGGAAUCGGGCCACGACUGCUGCGACGGAGCAGGAGCAGGCCAAGAUCAAAAUCGCGCACCUGCAAAGCCGCCUUAAGGAGGAAGAGCCCCGAGCCAAAAAGGCGAAAGAGCAGAACGCUGGUCUCUUGCGUGAUCUAGAUGGUUUGAAGUCGCAGGCGCUGCGAUUGGAGAAGGAACUGGGCAAACUCGGCUUCGAGCCCGGUCAAGAGGAGGACAUGUACAAGCAGGAGUCGCUCUUGCAGCAGACGGUACGAAGCUUUCGAGAGGACUCGGACAAGCUCAAGCGCCAGGUUGCCAACAUCGAUUUCAACUACGCCGAUCCUGUCCCUGGAUUCGAUCGAUCCAAGGUCAAGGGUUUGGUGGCCCAGCUCUUCACCCUCGACAAGGAACACAGUAGAGCAGGCACCGCCCUGGAGAUCUGCGCCGGAGGGCGUUUGUACAACGUGGUUGUUGACACAGAAGUGACGGGCACACAACUGCUUCAGAAGGGCAAGCUGAGAAAGCGAGUCACGAUUAUUCCCUUGAACAAGAUUGCAGCGUUCAAGGCAUCAGCGCAGACCAUUGCAACUGCGCAAAACAUUGCACCCGGUAAGGUUGACCUUGCGUUAUCCCUGGUCGGGUACGACGAAGAGGUUUCCGCUGCCAUGGAAAUGAGGAGCAUCACCCUCGAGGGAGACGCUUACGACCCUUCUGGCACCUUGUCUGGUGGCAGCGCGCCAAACUCGAGCGGUGUUCUCAUCACCUUGCAGAAACUCAACAGCAUAACGAGGCAGCUAAACGAGGCCGAGCAGUCUUUAAAGGGAGUCCAGGCCCGGAUCACCCAGGAAAAGUCCAAGCUUGAUCGGGCACGCCGUAUCAAGCAAGACCUGGACCUGAAGAAUCACGAGAUCAAGCUCGCCGAGGAACAGAUCGGCGGAAACUCGUCGUCUUCCAUCAUCCAAGACGUGGAGAACAUGAAGACCAGCAUAGUUGAGCUUCAGGAGGGCAUCGUUCAAGCCAAGACGCGUCAAUCGGAUGCCAGUGCCGAUGUGAAGCGGAUCGAGAAGGACAUGAAGGACUUUGACACCAACAAGGAUGCCAAGCUGGUGGAACUGCAAAAGUCACUUGACAAGCUCCGGGUGGGCCUGAACGACAAUUCCGUGGCCGUCAAGACGCUGCAGAAGGAGCUUCAGAGCGCGCACCUGGAUGUGGAGCAAGUCGGCGGUGAUCUCUCAGCGGCGCGAGAUCAGCUGCAGGAAGUAGAGCUGGGGAUCAGGGCGCAACAGCAGGACGUCGAGAAUCUCACAAAGCAGCAAUCCGAGCUCACAGGGACGCACGACGCUGUCCAGGCCCAGCUAGACGACGAAAGAGCCAAGCUGCACCAGUUUGACGACGAACUGCGGGCCCUGGAUGACGCGGUCGAGCGGUUCCACAAGGAGCAGCAAGGAGCGGCAGAUAAUGUGGCUCGGCUCGAGGGCGAGCACGAAUGGAUCCAGGACGAACAGGAUAGGUUUGGCCGCGGCGGCACGCCUUACGACUUCCAGGGCCAGAAUAUUGGCGAGUGCAAGGCCACGCUUCGCAACUUGACGGAACGCUUCCAAGGAAUGAAGAAGAAGAUCAACCCCAAAGUUAUGAACAUGAUUGACAGCGUCGAGAAGAAGGAGGUAUCGCUUAAGCACAUGAUCAAGACCGUCAUCCGCGACAAGCGCAAGAUUGAAGAGACAAUUGUCAGCCUCGACGACUACAAGAAGAAGGCCCUGCGGGAGACAUGGGAAAAGGUCAACGGGGACUUUGGCCAGAUAUUCUCGGAGCUCCUCCCGGGAGGAAGCUUUGCCAAGUUGGAUCCUCCCGAGGGCAAGACGAUCAGCGACGGUCUAGAGGUCAAGGUCUGUCUCGGCAAGGUUUGGAAGCAAAGUCUGACGGAGCUGAGCGGCGGUCAAAGGUCUCUCGUCGCUCUAUCGCUCAUCAUGGCCCUGCUACAGUUCAAGCCUGCGCCCAUGUACAUUCUGGACGAGGUGGAUGCGGCCCUCGACCUUUCUCAUACGCAGAAUAUCGGGCGCCUGAUCAAGACGCGCUUCAAGGGGUCGCAGUUUAUCGUCGUCAGUCUCAAGGAUGGAAUGUUCCAAAACGCCAACCGCAUCUUCCGCACACGGUUCAGCGAAGGCACGAGCAUGGUCCAGGCCCUGACACCAGCGGACCUGAAGUAA